GUUACAUCUGCUUCAACUGCAACAAAAUGAAGUUUUUAAUCUGGUUUUCACUGUUUAUAGUCUGCUAUGAAGCUAACGAUUUGGAGAAAAACAUAAUCCACGAGAUUUGCUUGAAGCCUGAAAUUGGACCUGCCUGCCAGAUACUUAAAACGUAUUACUGGAGCGAAGAUGAAAAGAAAUGCCUGCUUACCAACCAUUUAAUAGAACCUUGUGGUUUCUUUCACAGUGAGAAAAGAUGCAAUGAGAUAUGCAUGAAGGAAUCCUGGACACUAAAUAACUUGGAAAAAUAUGUACUCACUUUGUCUUAAAAUAAUAAACUCAAUUACAAACUA